AUGGCUCGGCCAGGACACCUGCAAAGCAGCUCACAGCCGCCGCCUCCGCGCAGCUCUCCGGACGCGGGCCACUGUGUCGGAUCAAAUAAGGCGCGCGAACCUCCUCCUGGCUUGCGCAUCUCGUCGCCCGGGCUUGGAGCUUAUGAAAAUUUCGCCGCCCGCCGCCUCCGCCUCCUCCUGGUGCCCUUCCUCCUGCUCCUCUUCCUCUCCCGGCUCCCGGAGCUGUCAAGCAGCGGUCGGAGAGCGCCGGGCGACGGGCCGGGGCCCAGCGGGCAGGCGCAGUGCGAGCCUCCCGCCGCCCACCAGGCCUGCGCGGCCCCUAGCCCUCGUUCUGCCCCGCGCACAGGCGCGCGCCGGGGGAAGGUGGAGGCGCGCGGCGGGAAGUGCGGGGACGCGGAACCCGGGCGCGACAGGUCCCAGGCGGCCGCGAGGGCGUGGACCCGGCGGGUCCGGGGAGGGCGGCCUAGCGCAGUCCCGCACGGCGCCCCCUCCCAGCCUGCGGCUUGGGGCCGGCGAGCCCUGCACCCUCAGCUCCCCCCCGCCCCGGGCCGCGCGAACCCCCAGCGGACUUUCCACUCCUCAGGCCACGGGGAGCCGCCACCUCCCCACCCUUGUCUGGCCUUUCUGGGCCGCCUCGCUGAUGCCCGACCCUCGCUCGCACGCGUCAGGCGGUUAGCCAGUCAUCGGGGCAAGCCGAGGCCCUCGGUGUCGGGGGCGGCGGCCGAUCCCGGGAUGGAAGGCCGCCGGGGCGAGGCGGCGAGACGGACCGCGACCGGAGCAGACUUGGCGAGUCAUCCCCGAGACCCGGCCUGGCCGCGCGCGCCCGGCCCAGAGGGAGCAUCUGCCUCCCCGGGGCCGACGGAAAACCUAGGAGGGCAGCCCCGGGCUGGGGGCGGGAAAGCCGAGCGGACGAAGCCUCUCGGAGACCGAGACGCGGCCCAGGCCUGCGGGGCCCCGGCCCACCCCCUGUCUUGCCGCGCCCCCGCCCGGCCUCGCGGGUCCCGGAGCGCGCCCGGGGCAGGGUCGCCGGGGCCUCGGGGCCGCCUCGCGCUCGGGAGCCGAGCUGGGCGCGUGGAGAGCGGGGAAGGAGCCGCGACGGCGCGCUGGGCUCGCGGGCGCCGAGCCGGACCAGCCACUCCCCGGCCGCCCGCCCGCGCGCCCGCCUCUCCGCCCCGAAGCCCCCGCCGCCCGGGCUACCCUGACGAGGAAUCAUUUUCUUCCCGUUUUCUGCUCCCCUCCCCCCGUUCGCCUGUCUCCCUAGAGGCGGCUUCCAUCAUCUAA